AUGUUUGCAGAAAGCCUCUCCAAGGAGAUAUUCGGACGAGAAGGAGUACAAGGAGCAGAGGCCCCCUGGUUGACGUUGAAGGGCGCUAAUGGCCUGGAAAUCCCCUACAUCGGCUAUCGCCUAACGGAUCUGGAAGUGCAUGGGGUGGUCGUCCCCCAAAAAGGUGUGGUCAUUGUGGAGGAUAGGAGCGAAGCUAUCGUCUGGGCAAGAGUGCCCCUUCGGGAAGCGAACCCCGAGGAGUGGGUGUUGGUGGAGCCACACACGGAUUUCCAACUAUAUCGACACCAACGACUGGCCCGGCUAACGACGGUCACGCCUCACCAGGUGAGAGAAGAAAGGGACGUCAGUUUUCGUCAGGUGUGCCCCACUGUGAUAGAGGUGGCCCUGACCCAGAUGGAUGCCCCGGCGAGUAGCCAGGGGGGAGGUAUGCCGAAACAUCUGGCGGAGAGGCAAGCUCAGGACCGGGACGUGCGCCAAGUGAAGGUGUGGGUGGAGCAGGGCCAACGGCCCACGCCGGCUGAAAGGUUAGCCCAGACGGAGACGGGGAGAAAGUUACUGGGACAGUGGGAGAAGCUGGAGCUACAGGAGGGGGUGCUCUGCCGGAAAACCCGCGACCCGAAAUUGGGAGAAGAAGUGUGCCAGAUUGUGGUGCCCGCCGACCAGGUAAAUGCAUUAGUCUCAGUCUAUCAUGACCAGUUGGGACACCAGGGACAGGAGAGAACCGUAUCCUUAUUACGUAGAUUCUUCUACUGGCCGGGGCUGGAGGCGUCUGUGCACAACUUGAUUCAAGCUUGCCCCCGGUGUAUGUUGUUCAAGUCUAGACGAGAGGCCCGAGCACCGAUGGUACCUAUCCAUGCGAAAGCCCCCCUCCACAUAAUGGCUAUGGACUUCCUGACGCUGGGCCGCCCUCAGGACCGUUAUCAGAACAUCCUGGUCAUCACCGAUCUGUUUACUAAAUACGCCUGGGCAGUUCCAACGCUUGAUCAGACAGCCAAUACCACCGCCACAGCCUUAUGGCGCCAUGUUUUUCAGACGUUUGGAUGCCCCGAGUUCCUGCACUCCGACCAAGGGGCGAAUUUUGAGUCCAAGGUAAUCCGUGAGUUGUGCCAGUUGUAUGGAUGCACAAAGACCCACACAACGUCGUAUCAUCCCCAGGGAAACGGAGGCUGCGAGAGGUUUAAUCAGACCCUAUUGGGGUUACUGGGGACCUUAGACCAACAGCAGCAGAGAGAUUGGGUGAGUGCUUUACCGAACCUUUUGCAAGCGUAUAAUAACAGUGUUCAUAGCACAACGGGGUAUGCCCCUACUUACCUGAUGUUCGGCAGGCACGUGCGAAUGCCCACUGACCUGGUCUUGGGGGUAGCAGCAGACCGGGAAGAAGUGAGUGUAACAGAGUGGGUGGGGCGCCAUCACCAGCGCUUACACUUCGCGUAUGAACAGGUGUCGAGGAGAAUACAGACGGCAGGAGAAAGGAACAAACGGCUGUAUGAUCGGACUGCCCGAGAUGCCCCCCUGUUACCAGGUGAGAGGGUCCUGGCGAGAGAUAACCGGCGGCAGGGAAAGGGCAAGCUAAGCGAUCGCUGGGAGGCUAUCCCGUAUGUGGUCUGCAAACAGCAGAGGCCGGGACAACCGGUGUACACCAUCCGACCCGAGGGAAAGCCUGGCCCCGAACGUGUGGUACACCGUAAUAUGCUUCGCCCUUGUCCGAACUACCCUGAGGCCGUGAUGGAAGGGCCCGCCGAGCCAGUAUCGGAGGCCCCCUGGUUGGAAGGAUGGGCUGUGGUACCAGGGAGACCCAUGGUAGCGCUACCCCCGGCCGCCCAGAGACAGCCAGAGGUGGCACCAGAGCCAGUCGAACCCCCAGUGGCCCAGAUGCAGCCUGAGCUGGCACCUGAGCCGGUUGAGCCCCCGGCGGCCCAGAUACAACCAGAGGUAGUACCCGGGCCAGCCGAGCCCGAUUCACCCGUAAGGCGCUCCCAACGAGAGAGUCGAGGACGCCCCCCUGCCCGGUACGGGGAGUGGACAACGCCGAGGCAUUCUAGGGACUAGAAUGUAUUGGUGGGGGAGGAUGUCACAGGAGUGACGAUCUUUGAGGCGGAACCAAAAAUUGGGAAGUUUUGGUUCCGCCCGGAUGUUUCCGCCCGGACCGGAAAGAGCAAACACCGGAAAUCCGGUGGCGUCGCGAACGCUGUAAUCAGCUAAACUACACACAGCUGGGAGCUAUUAAGAGGAGCGCCGGGUGAUUGGAGGAGAACAGCACCCAGGGGAGUAUAAAAAGACAAGUCAAAUCACAGUCUUGGCUGAUGUUAUCCACUGAUGUGUUGGUGUGUAUUGUAGUGCUGAGUUGAGCUCGCCUAAUACGCUAUAUUCGGAUUGUUGUAUUGCUCUCUCUCCACGUAAGGAUUAUAGAUCGAUGGAAAUGAGGACAUUGAAGACCUUAAAGGUGAAGUACUAGCCGGACACUGACAUUGUUUGAGAGAAACGGAAGGAGAGGAAAACUUACCACUGUGAGUAUAUAUCUGUGGGAACAGUGGUGUUUGUGGCUGGAAAGCGCCCUGUCUAGCUGCCUGAGUUACUGUUGGCAUGAAGACAACCUAGGACGAAGAAAGAUAGAGAUCGUGAGUAACUAAAACCCUUGAAGUGAAUGUUGAUAUACAUAUUGGAUUGAUUCAUUGUUUGAGUGUUCUUAAGAGAGAGAUCGAGUGGCCCUACCCCUGGACCAGUGUGGUGGGUGAGCCGAAGGUUUCCGUGGGAAAGUAGCUACAGCAACGACAGCAAACAAACGCUAGGCCAUUACCAUCUCCCUAUUUCUCGCCCAGAGCGACGUGGAAGAGGACGGGUGUCUAUUGUGUGCACUGAGCGUGGUGGGAGUAGAGGCAGGAGAGAUCCGCUGGCCCGAGGUCUCGACGAAAGGGCGCCCCGGUCCAGUUUUCGAUUGACCAACGGGUCUCGAGGAACGGGCAGCGUUCGACCCGGUGUGCCGGCGUGGUUCUCGCCCCUCUGUUCAUCAACGAGUUCGCCGAGAGGGUCUUGGCCCCCGGCGUCCCAGUACAAACCACUGCUUAAUCGCCGCAUUGCAGAAACUAGCCAGCGUAAGCUCG